AUGUCCGGGCCAGAAGCAUUAUGCCCACAGGUCCCUGGAGGGGCUGGGACAUGCAUGGGGGACGUUCCUUCUCUUAAAGAACUUGAACAGCUCCUGAAUACUAGGGGACCGUCUUGUAACCAUGUUGAUGAAGUAUGGCCUAAUCUCUUCUUAGGAGACCUAGUAACAGCUCACAACAGAUUCAUUCUGUGGAAGAUGGGUGUUACCCAUGUUUUGAAUGCUGCCCACGGCACCGUGUACAGCCAAGGAGGCCAGGACUUUUAUGGAGCUACCAUUGAUUAUUAUGGUGUACCUGCCUAUGACCUUCCAGACUUUGACAUAAGCCAGUUCUUUUUCUCUGCGGCAGAAUUUAUUCACAAAGCUUUGAACACACCAGGAGCUAAAAUUUUGGUACACUGUGCAGUUGGAGUAAGCAGGUCAGCUUCCCUAGUCCUAGCAUAUCUCAUGAUAAAUCACCACCUCUCCUUGGUUGAAGCCAUAAAAACAGUGAAGGAACAUCGAUGGAUUUCACCCAAUCGCGGCUUUCUGAAACACCUGCGAAAUUUGGAUGUGCAGCUUCGGCAAAAGAAGGGCUGCUGAACGGGGACUGCUAAAAAACAUUUAAAGUAACGCUUCUUAGUUUCUGUCUUCAUAACCAUUGCACGUAUACAGUUUCCUAUGAUCAAUAUGUGUUGAAAAAUGAAUAAAAUUAUGUAAUUAAAGAAAAAAAUCCACAGGACUUUAUAUGGAUUUAUUCUGAUAGCUCAGUUCCUUUGAGAAGAGC